ACAUACAACGAAAGAAAACAUACAGCAGUUCUUCGAUCCCUCCAUCUUCUGUAAGUUUUUAGCUCAACACACCACUUUCUCGAAGAACCCUAGGCUAGGGUUUUACAACCUCUGAAUCGAAGGGUUCAAGUUGGCGAAGAUCUUCUAAUCCAAUAUCGAGUCGAUAGUAAAGCAGAAGCAAACAUGCAGGUGGAAAGUGCUCUAUCAGUAGUUGGCCCAAAGCCAACCGAGCUGUCAACUGUCACACACGGCUUCGCCCCACCAGGAGCAAAUGCAAAGCAGCGAACGUCAAGCUUAGAGGCACCAAUCAUGUUGCUGUCGGGCCAUCAAAGUGCAGUCUACACAAUGAAAUUCAAUCCCGCAGGAACCGUAAUAGCAUCUGGCUCGCACGAUAGGGAUAUCUUUCUCUGGAAUGUGAACAGCGAUUGCAAGAAUUUCAUGGUCUUGAGAGGGCACAAGAACGCUGUACUGGACCUCCAAUGGAACACAGACGGAUCACAAAUAAUAUCAACGAGCCCAGAUAAAACACUAAGAGCAUGGGAUGUCGAGACAGGCAAACAGAUCAAGAAGAUGAUUGGUCACUUGUUUGUCGUGAAUUCUUGCUGUCCUGCCCGAAGGGGCCCACCCCUUAUUGUCAGUGGGUCCGACGAUGGAACUGCAAAGCUUUGGGAUAUGCGUCAAAGGGGCUCCAUACAGAGUUUUCCAGACAAGUACCAGAUUACAGCUGUCGGUUUCUCUGAUGCGUCGGACAAGAUUUACACUGGCGGCAUUGACAACGAUGUGAAGGUGUGGGAUUUACGUAGGACUGAGCCUGUGAUGAAGCUUCAAGGUCAUCAUGAUAUGAUUACCGGUAUGCAGUUGAGCCCAGACGGGUCCUACCUUCUAACCAACAGCAUGGAUUGCACUCUUCGGAUAUGGGAUAUGAGACCAUAUGCACCGCAGAACCGAUGUGUGAAGAUUCUAGAAGGGCAUCAGCACAACUUUGAGAAGAAUUUGCUGAGGUGUAGUUGGUCGCCCGAUGGAAGCAAAGUGACAGCUGGCAGUAGUGACUGCAUGGUCUAUGUAUGGGACACUACCUCACGGAGAAUAUUGUAUAAGCUUCCGGGUCAUACUGGAUCGGUUAAUGAGUGUGUCUUUCAUCCCAACGAACCUAUUAUUGGGUCAUGCAGCAGCGACAAGCAGAUAUAUCUUGGUGAAAUUUAAGUAAAAAAUGGCGAUUUUUCUAAUCUUAUCGUUUAUGUUGGUGAAAUGAUGCUAGUAGCUAGAUGUUGAGAACUAUUCGUGGACAAAUUCAUAUAUUGUAGGGUUGUGGGGUUUCUUGGUUAAAUGCUGGAUUGUUGGCGCUUAUAGACACGCACUGUCUGGAUUUGAUUAGACCGUCUGAUCUCUUUUAACGUGUAUUUGAAGCUGAGAAUUGCUGUUAGUGUUAGUGUAUCCAUCUUUUUGUUGAUUAUGUUUUAGUGCACUUUGAAUUUUCUGCACAAACUUUGAAUUGUUGAAACUUGUAUAAUUUGGCAGGC